UUCUUAAAACUCCGACAUUACAGGCAUCUUCGAGAUAUCUUCAAACGAAAUCGUUUACUUUCAAACUUAUAUCUCCUGUCAAGUUUCCGAUUUUUCGUCGGCCGGUCGGAAUCUUCUCUGCAUAUCUCCGAUCACUCGAUCUCAACUCUAUACACGGAAAUGAAUCCCGAAUAUGACUACCUGUUCAAGCUAUUACUCAUUGGAGAUUCAGGAGUUGGAAAAUCAUGCCUUCUAUUGCGUUUUGCCGAUGAUUCAUACUUGGAAAGUUACAUCAGCACCAUCGGUGUGGACUUUAAAAUUCGCACCGUGGAACAGGAUGGCAAAACAAUUAAGCUCCAAAUUUGGGAUACUGCUGGGCAAGAACGCUUCAGGACAAUCACCAGCAGCUACUAUCGUGGAGCUCAUGGCAUUAUUGUCGUUUACGACGUGACCGAUCAAGAGAGUUUCAACAAUGUCAAGCAAUGGUUGAGUGAAAUUGAUCGUUAUGCUAGUGAGAAUGUAAACAAGCUUCUCGUUGGAAACAAGUGUGAUCUUACAGCACAGAAGGUCGUGUCAUAUGAAACCGGAAAGGCAUUUGCUGAUGAGAUCGGGAUUCCAUUUCUAGAAACAAGUGCGAAGAGUGCCACCAAUGUGGAAGAGGCUUUUAUGGCUAUGGCUGCUGAAAUCAAAAACAGGAUGGCAAGCCAGCCAGCAAUGAACAAUGCUAGACCUCCAACCGUUCAGAUCCGAGGACAACCCGUCAACCAGAAAUCAGGUUGCUGCUCUUGAACUAUUUCGGUGGUCAAUGGCUUUACGAUCUACAAGUGUUAUAAACUUCAGUGCCUUACUUUUUGAAGCCGUUGAUCAUUAAUCGUGUCUCUUUGGUCGAACUUCCAUUCUUUUGAAUGUAAACUGAAUUCAGGGAACUUCUUGUACAAAAAAAGUAGGAUAAGAUUUGUUGAAUGAUGACUAUAUUAUACUGCUGCUUCACAGUUUGCAUCCCUUUGUGAUCUAUAAUUUGCCGAAAGUUUUACCUACUUUUUCCCCUUAUAUAACA